ACUCGCCACACCUUAGAACCUAUGAAAGUUCAGGUAACGUGUUUGUCGGGGUUUUUUUUUUAAACACACUAUUGCACGGAAAUUUUGUUUUGUCUGUUUUUGCAGAAACUGUUUUGUGGAACAGGACUAGAUCGAAAUGAUCUAGAUCGUGUUUCCUCGUGAGUCAAGAUGGGACUUGCGAAAUUCCUGCAACCAACUGAAGCACCAACAAUUAUUGUGUUAACCAUGGUUUUCCAGUUUAAAUGUUUCACUGCCCUUCCUGGUGCAACUAGGAGUAAGAUGAUUCAGUGUGCUCGAUCAACUCUUACCGUGUCUCAGGAGAUUGGUGUUUACAAAUAGUUGUUUCGCUUUUGUGUAACCCGGGCAUAAUUGUCGUUUUUCAAGCCUAACCCAUGUGUUUGUAGAAAUUGAGAUACAAUUUUAAUUUUUUUUAUUUAUUUUUCACUCGAUAGUUUGUGAGAGUGCUAGAGGACUAUAAUGAGUGUCGUUCAGGAGCUCCCCACAGAGCCAUCAGUGAAGACUACGGGCAGGAUGGAGACUAACACAAGCCUGGACAUCAACACAAUGUUCUACAACUUCUCUGUCAUCCAAGGAAACAGAACUUUCCUGGACUCUGAGUUCCGCUACACGCUGUUUCCUGUGUUUUAUGGCAUAGUGUUCAUCUUUGGCCUGCUAGCCAAUUGUUAUGCGCUGUUCAUACUGCGGAGGCUUCGCCACUCCAAGACUAUGACCGAGAUCCGCAUAUACAUGAUCAACCUGACCAUGGCCGACCUUCUCUUCGUCUGUGCUCUGCCCUUCUGGAUUGGUUACUACAGUCGUGGUGGUGACUGGAUCUACUCUGACUUCAUGUGCCGCGUGGCGGGCUUGCUGUUCUUCAUCAACACCUACUGCUCCAUCCUCUUCCUCGCCGCCAUCAGCGUCAACCGCUAUUGGGCCAUCAGCUGUCCGCUGGCCGCCGCUUCAACUGAACACCGGCGCCGUGGCGUCAUCGUAUCGACGCUCUUGUGGGGGGUGACCCUGGCCACGUCGGUCCAGUACCUGGUGUCCCCAGGCCUGCAGGUAGACAAGGACAACGUGUCCCGCUGUUUUGAGGGCUACACGCAUGAGGAAGAUGACGACAAAAGGGUUAUUGCUACAACCCACAUCCUGAUCAUCGCUCUCUUCUUCCUUGUCUUCCUGCUGGUGGUGAUCUGUAACGUUCUGAUCGCCCACGCCCUCCUGGCACAGUCCCCCAGCCAACCUGCUGUCCCGUCCUGCAGGUCUAGGGGUGAUCCUGGGGCGUCCAUGAGGGCGUCCCGUCGCCCCCGUGGGGUGAAGCAGCAGGCGCUGCAGAUGCUGUGUGCGGUGGUGGGGGUGUUUGUGCUGUGCUUCCUUCCCCACCAUGUGGUCCAGCUCCCGUGGGUGCCGGCAGUGCUGGAGAUCAGGGAGGGAUGGGGCAGCCAGGGGUGGGAGCAGGACACCAGGCAGUACCUCAAUGACCUCCACCAGGUUACCCUCCUCCUCAUGGGCCUGAACUGCAUUCUGGACCCUGUAGUCUACUGCUUUGCCACCAAUAAAUUCCGUUCUUACAUCAAAGCCCACCUGAGGAAGAUGAGGAAAGGGGAUGCUUGCUUCCGAACAGGCACUACCCAGAUAUCCAUGGAUAGCAAGUACCAGAGCCAGAGGCAUGGUGAACCACAGCAACUCCAGGGUUACACAGCCAACAUGGCUGACGAGAGCUGAAAUAAAGUUGUUUUAUUUAUAAGUCACUUCUUGGAAGUACAUUUUUGGGUGGACACACUGGUGAGAUGGCAUUCCAAAGCAGUGUUUCCUUGUUCCACUAUUAUUCUGAUAUAUCGGUUACUGUAAACAGUGCAGUGGAGUGCAUUGCUGAGGUCGGAUGUCAGAAAAGGACAUUGCAUGUCGUUGUGAAACAUGUGAAAGCCAGAAACAUGAAGAAGUACAUUUGUUUAGCAAUAGUCCCUAGCCUGAACUGAUUGUGUAAUUACUCUACUCCCUGUGCUGUAUAUACCACAAAUACUCUGUAAAAAAUACAGUUAUGUUGUCCACCCAGGGUAUUGUAGCCUCUGCGUUGAGGAGGUUCUGCUGCCCUGUACAUUUGAAAGGCAUGAUCAGGGGCGCUGUAAGGGGGGGAGGGGGGGGGGGGGUUGGACGAUUAGGAGAAUUCUAAGGGCCCUGGUCAGAUAGGGGGCCCAGCAGACCCCUUUACUUUCCUGUAUGAUUCAGAUUUUGGGGCCCGCUGUACAAAUUAGCCAGGGGGCCCAGAAACCUAGUGACCCCAUAUCUCAAAUACAGUACAAUAUAGCCCAAAAGAUCAGUUGUGAAAGUAACCCAUCUUAGUGUGGUCCUGUGCUAUGAUAAUGCAGAAGCUACACUUAUACGUAUAUGUGCCUCUAUGAAAACAACUCUUGUUUGUCAGCCUUUACGAAGAGCAGCAAAACUCUGCUCUCUGGUGAAAAGAAUUGCUAGAUCUGUUAUGGUUAUAAUAGGGUAUAAAGAGAGGGUACAUUUCACUCACACACGGACCCUAACCCAUAGUGCAUGGUUCACACAGCAUGCCCAGUUUUCUGGCUGGAUCCAGUCGCAAUUAUUCAUUCAUUAUUACAUAUUCCCUCAAUCAAAAUUACUACACAUAUUCAGUUGUUGCUAGGCAAUGGUCUUUGAACUCGAUCAUGAAAAUAUGAAAAAUCAAGUUGUGAUCUGUAUAGUGUGUUUGUUAGUGUCUGGCGCACCACUGUGGUCAAAACAUGGGACAGCACACAAUCCCAGUAGUUAAUAGUUACAUCAUGGUAACAAGUUCGAUAUUUAUUCUAGACACUCCUGCAUCCUACGCAGUGUAUUGAUCCUUGUGACAAGUCUCAAGGCCUGUGUCUUUUUACUGAGCCCAUGUUCAAUUUGAUGUAAGGCUUUUCGAAAAGCUAGUUUUAUGGAAGUUGGCCUAGCUGUGGAGGAUCGUGGCAAAGGUAUAGAAAGUUACCACCGAAGGUUACUCAGGAACCAGGGAGAUGGUCAAGAAAACACAGGGCUUUAAAGUCUCACGCAUUUCAACCAUUACUCACGCUCUCACGCAACACCUUGUGUUUCUCAGUCUGAGAAUAAAGGGUUAACUUGUCUCGCUCUAGGCCUGUCCUAGGACGAGGAGGAGUAGACAUAUGGAGGUAAGUUUUCUGCCACGUUGAGACCUGUUUCGAAUACAAUUGGGUUCUCCAGCCUCAAGCAUUGACACAGACACUCUUAUCCAGAGCGACUUACAGUAAGUACAGGGACAUUCCCCCCGACGCAAACUUCUGAUUAA